AUGGUUAUUUCUACUGGGUUGAUGGUGUGGAAGGGUCUGGGAUUAGCUACAAAUACCGAAAGUCCUAUUGUAGUCGUGCUAAGUGGGUCUAUGGAACCCGCCUUUUACCGUGGCGAUCUUUUGUUCCUGACCAACUUCCCGAACGUACCGUACCAGAUUGGAGAUAUUACGGUAUACAAGAUUCCCGGCCAAGAUAUUCCAAUUGUGCACCGAGUCCUUGAAACCCAUACCCAAAAUGCAUCACUACCCACCGAGCAGCUUUUGUUGACAAAGGGCGACAAUAAUUCGCUCGAUGACAUUGAGCUCUACCGAGGUUUGCGAUGGCUAGAGCGUAAACAUAUCGUCGGCAAGGUUCAAGGGUUCUUGCCUUACGUAGGAUAUGCUACGAUUGCGAUGAACGAUUUCCCACAAUUGAAGUAUGCAUUGCUUGGAGGACUGGGCUUGAUGGCUUUGAUUCAACGGGAAUAG